CUCUCACCUCGCACACAGCAAGCCUCGCCCAACGGUUGUGAACUUGCUCGGAUAGUCCACACACGCCCCCUUUCCCACACCCCCUUUUCCCUGUCCCCUGGAUACCUGCACACGAGUCGAGGCCCGCGUCCGCGUUCCCUAACAUACCCUUACCUGACCAGACCUGACUUGAACCUCUCCUUACCUGAACCUCCCACCCACCUAAUCGAUUGCCUUACCUCCCAUACCUAAACCAGAAUCCGACCGUCACCGACGACACCACUUUCGCUCCUCUGCAUGCGCUGCUGCGAAUAGAAGUAGACGAAUCGCGUCGGAUUUCCGCCUGAGCCUGCCCGCAACCUCGUCUUUGGAAGGGAUCUCAGCAAGGAAGCAAGCAGUUCGGAGAGAGUCGAAGAAGAAGAAGGCACUCAAUUAACGCUCGUUUUCCUUGCUCUUUUCACUUUUUCCUAUUCACGAUGCCUUUCCUCGGCUUCCGUUGGGUCGUCAACUUCGUGUUGCUGGCUGUCCCUAUCGGGGCGACUCUCGGUAUCCUCAUCGGAAUCGAUGCUGGCAGAAGUUCAAACGGACAAUCGCCAAUUUUCACUGAGCCCGACAACCCGGGCACGACACCAAAGAACAAUGGCAUCACGGCAAUGGUAUCAUGCGACAAGGCAAUGGGUCUUCACCCUCUGUCCAAGGGUCAGGAGUACACACUGAACCCGAACCAGUGGGGUUGGACCGAAGGUUCAGAUGGUCUCUUGUGUAUGAAUGUUACCUCAUUCAACAACCAGACAUACGAUACCGACUUCAGCGCCCCCGAGUUCUACGUCACAUGGCGCUACCCCCGCGGCCCCGAGACGCAGCCUGUCCACGCUUUCCCCAACAUCAAGGUCGACGGCAGCUCCCUCCCAGUCUCCAUUCCCAAGCUCUCAAACAUCAACGUUGACGUUGAGUGGUCCUACUCCGUCGGCAACUAUACCACUGAUGGCGCGGCCGCGACGAACACCGACGAGACCGAGCUUACCGACAAUGACACCAACACUAACGUCGCCAUCGAUAUGUUCUUGGAUGACGACAACACCUCGGCGCAGGACAGCACCAAGGCAAAGUACGAAGUGAUGGUUUGGUUCGGCACCUUUGGCGCCGCGACACAGCCCAUUGGUUACCAAAAUGGCGCUGGCGCACUCACCACCGAGACGAUUAACGGAACCACCUUCCAACUCUUCUUCGGACAGAACAGUUUGGACCAGUACGUCUUGACCUGGAUGGCCACGGCGACGAUCGAGCACUUUGUCGGCGAUCUUGCUCCCCUCCUUACGAAGCUCACCACCAUGACCAAUGCCAACUUCCCCACGACAUCGACAUACCUGGGUUACAUGGGUCUCGGUUCUGAAGCGCUCUCGGCUACCAACGUCGUCACAUUUCGUGUACCGACCUUGUCGAUGGAGAUCAAGGCAUCCUCAUAGUAAAACCCAACACGCACGAGAAACAAACCAUACAAUGGUAAUGUGUACAUUGGAUAUUGGCUAUUUUUUGUUAGCGAGCAUUGAUAUCUAAACCAACUAGAAUAAUGAAUUUUUUGGGGACAUUGGGAUAAUGAUCACUCUACAUUUUGUAUAUACGCAUAUAUCAUCGGACGGGAGGGG